GUUUGGGGAUUUAUUCUGCAAUCAACCCUUUAAUUAAUCAAGUGAAUGGAAAAUUUUCAAGCAAUCCACUAACAAUUAACGAACUAAAUCAGCUCCAAUAUUAUGUAAAUCAUGCCCACACAAAUCCUACAAGCAAGGAGAGCCCAUAAGGCAAAUCCCUUGCCCGUUCAUUUCCCACACGUACGUCCCGAUUUUCACUCUCAAUAAACAAGAUCGUGAAGAAGAAAGGUAGGGUACUUGGUGUUUCCAUCACUUGAAUUCCCUCUCGCUUUGCAUCUCUAACCAAAUCACUGAUAUACUUAUUCAUAUAUUCACUAUCCGUCUCGUUUUCUUUUUCUUCUUUUACAUUUGUUAAAUGAGGAAACUUUGUCCUAACAUCGACAAAGAAGAUGGCCUCGAGACAGUUCUCGAGGUCCCGGUGCCGGAGGAAAUGUUCACCGGCAUGGGAAACAAUCUUCAAGCCCGGUUGGAAAACAUGUUAACAUGGAUGAAAGCUCAAACAUCUGAUAAGUGGUCUCAGCCGAUGCUAGCGGGUCGGAUUAGCGAGCUGCGGUUCCUUCUUUACCUUGUUGGAUCCCCUCUUAUCCCUCUCCAGGUGCAAUUAGGCCACUCUGUUCACAAACCUGUCAAGGACUGCUCAAUUCAAGCUUCAACAGCAAAAUACAUAGUGCAACAGUACAUAGCUGCAACAGGCGGACAACAAGCAUUAAACGCAGUGAACAGCAUGUGCGUAACCGGUCAGGUGAAAAUCACAGCAUCGGAGUUUCAGCAAGGCGAUGUAAACGUUAAAGUGAAAAGCACAGAAGAAAUAGGCGGAUUCGUGCUCUGGCAAAAAGAUCCAGAUUUAUGGUGCUUGGAGCUUAUAAUUUCAGGUUGCAAGGUUGUUUCUGGAAGCGAUGGCAAACUUUCCUGGAGGCAUUCUUCUAAUCAAAACACUCCCAUUUCAAGAGGCCCUCCCAGACCCUUACGCAGAUUUCUUCAGGGUUUGGAUCCAAGAUCAACUGCCAAUUUGUUUAUAGAUGCCACAUGCAUAGGUGAGAAGAUUAUAAGCAAUGAAGACUGCUUUAUCCUGAAGCUUGAGACUAGUGCAGCCAUCCGUGAGGCCCAAAGCGGACCGAACUAUGAGAUAAUCAAUCACACAAUCUGGGGUUACUUUAGCCAGCGAUCGGGUCUCAUGAUUCAAUUCGAGGAUUCCAGGCUAUUGAUGAUGAAGAACAAGGAUGACAACGACGUGUUCUGGGAGACGAGGACGGAGUCGGUAAUGGAUGACUAUAAAGCAACCGAUGGCGUCAACAUCGCUCAUUCUGGGAAAACAAGCGUCACGGUGUUUAGGUAUGGCGAGCAAUCGGCUAACCACAAGCGGCAAAUCGAAGAGAAAUGGAAGAUUGAAGAUGUUGAUUUUAAUGUUUGGGGUUUGACGAAGGAAGAUUUUCUUCCGCCAUCUGAUCCACAAACUAUAUAG